AUGGCUUCACACCACGAGCUCAACGUCCUAGUCCUCUCGCUUCUCACACAAACCAACACCGUUGCCCUACCGAACCCGUACGCGAAGAAUCUACACGAUCUCGACGAGAACGAAUCCGCACAGGCUCAGUCGACACCAGAACAUGAUACAAAUGAGCAGAUUGCGACGGAUAUCGCGGAGUACAAGACACAGAAUGAGGAGAUGCGGAAGCUCAACAACCGCAGGACUGAAUUCCGUGAUUUGACGGUCAGACAGUUAGAAUGGACCAAGAGCCUCAACCACGAGCUCGGUCAGAAGAGCCGCCGUCUAGAAGAGCUCGGUCAGAAGAACCUCCGUCUAAAAGAGCUUGAAGCCGAGACUUUAGCUCUUCGGAUGCGCCCUACAGAGGAGGAUCUCGACGCUGCCAUCCAGGCAAAAGCUUUCAUGCAAGAAGAUCUGGACUUCCACCGGAGAAUCACAGCAGGAUACCAAUUGAGGCCCUCAAGAAAGCAGUAUGACGAUGCCAUUGGAGCCAACAACGUACUGGAGACUCGUAUCUCUGAACUGGAAAAGAGACCAACACAACAGCGACUAGAGGAAGCCGUCAAGAGUGCUACCAGGUUGCUGCUUAACGAACUUGAACAGCGUCCGACACAGCAGCACUUGGACGAUGCUAUCACGAACGCUGUUCGCCCGCUGAAGGAGCAGAUCUUUGAGCUAGAGAAGAGGCCAACACAACAGAUGCUGGAGGAUGCGGUCGAGAAAAAGACCAGUCCCCUUGCAAUCAAUAUCGCUACCCUCAAGCAGCGGCCCACUCAACAGGCCCUACAAGACGCCGUCACAAUCGCGAUUAACCCGUUGAACACCAAGAUCGCCACCCUCGAGCAGCGUCCCACUCAGAAGGCCCUACAAGACGCCGUCACAGACGCGACUGACCCGUUGAACACCAAGAUCGCCACCCUCGAGCAGCGCCCUACUCAAACGAUGCUUGCCGCAGCUGUUGCAACGGCCACUGACCCGUUGAACACCAAGAUCGCCACCCUCGAGCAGCGCCCUACUCAAACGAUGCUUGACGCGGCUGUUGCAACAGCCACUGGUCCGCUGAACACGCAGCUGACGCACCUCCGACAACGUCCCACCCAAGCGAUGCUUAACGCGGCUGUUGCAACAGCCACUGGUCCGCUGAACACGCAGCUGACGCACCUCCGACAACGUCCUACCCAAGCGAUGCUUGCCGCAGCUGUUGCAACAGCCACUGGUCCUAUAAACACGGAGCUGACGCACCUCCGACAACGUCCCACCCAAGCGAUGCUUAACGCGGCUGUUGCAACAGCCACUGGUCCGCUGAACACGCAGCUGACGAACCUCCGACAACGUCCUACAGAGCAGAACCUACAAGACGCUGUAGCACAAGCAUCCGAACAUCUCAAUAACCAGAUUACUGAGCUCAAGAAGCGUCCCACUCAAGAAGACGUGGAUAAUGCCAUGGCCAACGCGACUAGGCCGCUGGAAGAGGAAGUUGUCUCGCUGAGACAACGCCCAAGCGCUACGGAUUUGGAGAAUGCUGUCGCAAACUCCAAGGCAGGACUCCAAGAAGAGUUACAGAAAAAGGUCGAUGAGAUCUCAGGUCUAGAGAAGCGGCCAACUCAAGAGAAGCUGGAGAGCGAGAUUGCUUCCGUCCGACAAGCUAUGGGACAUCAGCUUACUGAAGCGCAACUAUCCAUAUCUCGUCUUGAAGAGCGUCCAACACAACAACACCUCGAAUCUUCCGUCAGGGGAGCUAAGCAGCCCUUGGAGAACUCCUUGGCUCUCUGCCGACAGGAUAGAGACCAUUGGAAGGAACAGUUCGAGGACGCCAAAGAAGCGAACAGAGUUGAUACGGACAAGAAGAACGAAAAAUUCCAGAUAGAGAUAAGAGAACUUGAGACCCGCGGAGAAGAGGCUAAGACCGCGUUGCAAGACAAGUUGCGAGAUGCGAAAGCAUCCAAUGAUCACACACUUGGAGUUCGAGACGAUACCAUCAGAAAGCUGACGAACGACGUUCUAUAUCAGAUGAAUAAAGAACAGGAACUAUCCGGGCUCUUACAAUCAAGAGACACUGAACUUGAACAGUUAAGAGUCGAUGCGCAUGUCGCUUUGAUCACCGAGCGCAAGCAGUGGCAAGCCGAAAAGAAAGAGCAACAGGAAACCAAGGAGAAGCAAACUCAAUCGAACCUACGCCAGUUGUACCGGCGAUAUGCCUCAGCGGAAGAAGGCCGCAAACAUGCUUUACGAUGGAUGAAGAUCUCAUUCGCCGCGUUGUACACGAUAUGGGGCCAAAAGCAGGCCAUAAUGGAUACAACAGGCGCGCAGCUUCGGCGGCAGCGGGAAGCGAUUGAGAAACUUGACUGUGCUGCUAGCGAGUUCCAGAAGACCCAACAUAGGCUCGAAAUGGAUCUUGAGGUCGCUGAGAAGCUUUACGAGGAGAUCAAGACUGCCUUGGCCAGCGCUGAAGGUGAUACUGCUGAGACCGGUCGAGCUCGCGACGACGCGCAAGAGGAGGUUCGCAGACUUACAGAGACUCUUCGCCUAUCACGAGAGAUGGUCGCAACCGGCGAAGCCAAGCUUGCAAAAACUCGUCAGUCUAUCACAGAAAUGGAGGCCAGAGUCAAAACAACUGAAGAUGCGACCUUGGCCGCUAACAGCAAGACCUCGUCGGAACUUACCCAGGUGACAGAACAACUUGCCAAGGUCAAGGAGGCAUCCAAAGCGGAUACCACAGGAUUCAACGCUUCCCUUGAGACAUCAAAAAGGGAGGCUAGCAAGCAGCAGCAGGCCCUUGAGCAGUUCAAGGCUGGAGUUGAGAAGAAGCGGGCAGCGCUGGGUAAAAGGCUCCAGGAUGUUGCACAUGAGAAGAAGCUGCAAGAGCCUGAUGAGCUUCUCACUGUUGACGAACAUCAGCUGUUGGUCGAGGUUCAACAAAAGAUAUCGGAGAUUCGGACACGUCACACGGAAGUUCUCGCCUACAACUUCAGACUGAAACAUCAGCGCUGCAGGUUGCUAGGCCUGAUAUACAAUCAUAUCGGUAUCGCUGCACCUUACAACAGCAAAGCUGAGUUUCAGAAGGAUUACGACGACUUGGAAGUAGCCAUGGAUUUACGGGUCAAACUAUGUCUUCAGUUCAUGGAAUUGGAAGAGAAGCUGCAGGAUGCGUGCCACGAAAAGGUAGCGUCUCUCGGUCGUGUCGUGGCGCGACUGUUAGCUCGGAACAAGACACUCUCCGACCUAAUGGAAGCGCCUGUUCAAUGUGGAUGUGCGAGCACCAUCUCGGAUUUGGGCAACCGCGUCAGGGAUUUAGAGAAGAAACUUGGCGACUCCAUUGAGCAAACUAGACGGGCGGUUGGAAGGUAUCAAGCCACCACUAAAUCGAUGCUCAGAGACAUCGAGCUGCUACACAACGAGCUCACGACUGUCAGCGGCGCCUACAACAUGAUCAAACAGUUUGUGGACGACAAGGUCAAGACAGGAGCUCUGAGAUAG